CACGGGGGCGUUUUUGUGCGGGUUUGCGGUCCGCUCGGUUGCGGCGAAUGCGUGAUCGAGGUCCCGCCGCUGACAAUUGUCCGCCUUCCCCCCCUCCCCACCACCACCACCCCUCCCACCGGCCCUGCUCGGGGCCCGAGCGCUCAGCGCGGAGGAGCCGCCGGCGGAAAAGGGCUAUGUGUCAUCAGCUGCUGGAGGGCUUCUGUCCUCUCUGCAACCUAUUCAACGUUUGAGGCCUAUGGGAUAGGAGUGUGUGCCCCUUCCCAUCCCUGCAGCCCAACUGGAGUCAUUUGUGCCAAAGCUGAGCUGCGCCGAAGGAGAAGCGAUGGGCAGCCCUGGCUGCGACGUAGACGUGGUCAAGCCCUCGGAGCCUCCCCUGGAGGCCUCGUGUCCAGAGUGUGGCCAGAUCCACCGCAGCUGGGAGAACCACCUUUAUAAUUACCGCCUAGAGGUGGACGACGACCUUGUGUGCCACAUCUGCCUGCAGCCGCUGGUGCAGCCCCUCGACACGCCGUGCGGACACACCUUCUGCGCCCGCUGCCUGCGCAGCUUCCUCCAGGAAAGGGAUUUCUGCCCUCUGGACAGGACAAGGCUGCAGCUGCAGGCAUGCCGCAGAUCCAGCAUCCUGGUGCACAAGCUGCUAGACAAGCUGUCUGUGACCUGCCCUUUGAGUCCCGUCUGCUCCCUCAGCAUGCCUCGAUGUGACCUGGAGGCGCACCUCAAGCACAGGUGUCCUGGGACUCAGCAGACGACUGUGGACAGGCCACGAUGUGAGAGCGGCGAUGAGCGAGCCAUGGUGACCACCCCUCCCAUGUCGCCUCACUCCCCGCAGACAGACCUGAGAGACCGCUCGCCUUCGCCACACUCUGGCCCCACUACCGCCUGCAGCAAUGGAUCUGCAUGGACCGACGACGCCGGCCUCGACAACCCUGCAUUUGAAGAAAGCAAUGAAGAAGACAGUGUGGUGGGGUUGGAGUGUGUGGUCCCUAGGGUGAAGCGGCCCCUCAGUAACCCGUGCAUCCAUCUCCUCCGCUCUGUCAGCUCCACCUCCUCUGGCUGGGACUGCCCUGAGUCCCCACCUCUGUCUGCAGAGGAAGGGUGCGUAAAGUUACCCUCCCUUCCCGAAGGAGAGAUAACAACCAUAGAGGUCCACAGAGCCAACCCGUAUGUUGAGCUGGGAAUCAGCAUCGUGGGAGGAAAUGAGACGCCUCUCAUCAACAUAGUGAUCCAGGAGGUGUACCGAGACGGGGUCAUUGCACGAGACGGGAGACUGCUAGCUGGAGAUCAGAUACUGCAGGUGAACAACGUGGACAUCAGUAACAUCCCACACAGUUUUGCCCGCUCCACCCUGGCGCGGCCCUGCACCACCCUGCAGCUGACCGUGCUGAGGGAGCGCCGCUGUGCCUCCAGGGCUCCUCCCUCCUCAUCCUCUUCGUCCUCCACCACCCCGGCUGUGCCCCACGCCCCCUGCUCCACGCCCGAGGGCGCCCCCUCCAGCCCCGCCACCCUAAGAAUCACGCUUCACAAGCGAGACUCCACAGAGCAGCUCGGCAUAAAGCUGGUCCGUCGAACGGACGAAUCAGGGGUGUUUGUGUUGGACCUCUUGGAAGGAGGCCUGGCCGCGAAGGAUGGCAGGCUGCGGAGCAACGACAGAGUGCUGGCUGUCAACGAUCAGGACCUUUGCCAUGGCACGCCUGAACAGGCAGCUCAGAUCAUACAGGCAAGCGGAGAGAGAGUCCACCUCCUGAUCGGCCGACCCAACAAACCCACUCCGCCCCCACCGCCAAAAUCAAGCUCAACCAGAGACCUGUACUGCCUUGAUCACUUCCUGCCAAAUCACAGCUCUACUCCAAGCCCUGUGCCCGUACACCUGUCCCGCACUAGCACUCACAGAGAUCUCUCCCAGUGUGUGACAUGCAAGGAGAAACACAUCACUGUGAAGAAGGAACCCCUCGAGUCCCUGGGCAUGACCGUGGCAGGAGGCCGGGGCAGCAAGAGCGGGGAGCUGCCGAUCUUUGUGACAAGCGUUCAGCCACAUGGCUGCUUGUCCCGGGAUGGACGAAUCAAAAGAGGUGAUGUGCUGCUAAGCAUCAACGGACAGGACCUGACAUACCUGAGCCACAGCGAGGCUGUCGGGACGUUGAAGGCCAGCGCUGCUUCGCCCUCGGUGCAGCUGAGAGUGCUAGAGGUCAGCAUGGUGGAGGAGCACGACCAUGACGAGUUGCUGCCUCAUGGCCACGACAGCGACUUCGAUGCAAACUGGUCUCCCUCGUGGGUCAUGUGGCUAGGCCUGCCUAGCUACCUGCACAGUAGCCAUGAGAUCGUGCUGCGGAGGAGCCAUCCCGGGAGCUGGGGCUUCAGCAUCGUUGGGGGCUAUGAGGAAAGCCAUGGCAACCAGGCAUUUUUCAUCAAGACUAUUGUCCUUGGCACGCCUGCAUACUACGAUGGCCGCCUUAAGUGUGGAGACAUGAUAGUGGCAGUAAACGGCCUGUCCACAGCAGGAAUGAGCCACUCAGCUCUGGUGCCGAUGUUAAAGGAGCAGCGCAGCCGGGUGGCGCUGACCGUGGUCUCCUGGCCCGGCAGCCUGGUGUAACCAGGACAAAAGCCAGCGGGCUUCACCCAGAAUGUUCUAAAUCGGGAACAACCUCGGCCAAAGUGAACUACUGUACAUCGCUCCAUACCGGGCUUAAUCCAGGACCAAACGCAUCCAGGACUGUUGUAGACCCAGCAGGACCAAGAGGGGGGGUGGGACCGAUCCAGAUUGUGCCACGUCACUCGACAGACUGCACUCCUGAACAGACACUGCUGUGUUUCAUAUGGUCAUGUUGUCGUCACUCCCGCAGGGAGAGCUGUGCUGCAACUGUUAACAUGCAGUCUGUGCUGUAUUCACCUCACUGAGCAGUGGUAGAACCUCAGGGUUUUAUUCAGGUGGAGGCAUCGUUGCGAGUCCGAAACGUUUCCGAUGAAUGUGAUCUGAUCCUCUGCCGUCCUAGAUGAAAAAAAAAAUGAAUAAAAUAAAAAACACAAAUCCCCUUCAUCAAGUUGUUCUUCCUCACCAGCGAUGUUUCCAUCUGAAUGAGCCCAAGGCCUUAUUAGAAACCUGCCGCAUCCUGAGGGAGGUCAGCCCUCAGGUAUCAUCACCAUACAACCAGCUGACCUUUUAUACAUGUGUGAAUGUGUGUUUUGUUUAAAUAAACAUUUCCUUUUAAGGAUUA